CAAUGAGUCUCUUCUUUUACACCACCACUGCAGUUUUUCUUUGGAGCACGAGUGUUUCUAAACUGAUGUACAGAUAUUCAAAAGAAACGAAGGUAUGUUCGGAGUUGUGCAAACAAUAUAGAUGGGUUUUGUACCUUUCCUCUGACUUGGGACGGCCCUUGGUAUGACAGUGGAAUGGGAGACAUCACACUGAGCUAUACUAUUCAUUCUGUGACGUCAGGUUGGCGUGCAAACGUCAACGGCACCAUGCUGAAUUCCUGGACAUGCCAGUCACAGAACGCCACGCUGGGGACAAUGCUUUUCAGAGCUGAUGACUUCGUAGUUGUUAACGGGAAACUAUACAAUGUCUUCCGGUGUAUCAAAAUGACCCAGCUGACCAACUAUUCUUACUCGUAUUAUGUUAUGAAUGAUUUAAUGGCUGACAGCAAUCCGGUUCUGAGACUUCAGAUGACGGAGUAUUCCCCUGACGUCACCGGAUGGGACGUUGAUUCUCUCUGCUCUCCGACAUCGCCGCCAGAAGACAAGGAAUACCACGUGCUAGUCAAGCAAGGUUAUAUUGCUGACGUUAAACAGUGGUGUCCUAUUCCAUUGAGAGCGAAUUUUAACUACACACAUGACAGUGGGCUGGGUGCCAGUUGUGGUACAGACUCGCAUCUUUCUGUAUGCCCAGACUGGGUCACCCUCCGCUUUAACUAUUCCCUUUGUCCUACCAUCCAAGCAUUCUCCAAAGAAGGAGUGGUUCAGUGCGUGCACACCGUUGUCCAAGGAGAUACUUACUAUACAUCAGUGUUCAACCCGGGACUGGUGGACGAUAGCAGCUUCCACAGAUUUUCUUGUCUAGCAAUAACAGAAGUGGGCGGUACUUUGACGGUGAGUGACAGUGCUGGUAGCUGUCAAUCAAACCAGGACAGUGGCACAAAACAAGCAGACGGAAGUGGAAUCCUUAUACUGACAAUGCAAGAUUCUUGCUGUAAGUAUUCGAUUUAAAUCAGUAGCAACAAAUUAAGUUUCCCUGGAUGCACGCACGUUAAUGGAAUGGGAUAUGGCAUUAAUGGAUCAAUCUGAGAUUUUCUAAUCAUUUCUAAAGAAAUAUAUUUGGAAUGUAUUAAUAUCAAUAAUGAUAUGAUAAUAAUAAUCGCAUUGUUUGGCUUCAGUACUAUCCUCUUCGAUAUAUAAUAUUACUCAGAAAGUCAGUAAUGCAUAAUAGUUAAAUUGCAAAUCGAAUGUCCAUUAACUUACAUGUAUUUAAUUCAUAAUUCUCUCUCUCCUCUCUCUCGAUCUGAAUAGAAAG